CUAAACAGAAUGCAGCAGAAUGCCCUAAGCUGACUUCAAGAUCCAGCGGGCCGCUAAAACCACAUCUUUGCUCAAACAUUGUCAGACGGAAACUCCUAUGCUAGGUAAAUUAAUCAUCAGUCGAGGUCACACAUCAGCAGACUACCUGUAAAGAAUGGCUGCCAAUUUCUGGACCUCCUCUCACUACAAACAUCUUCUUGACCAAGAAGACGUGGAUGUAGUGCAACCACUUGACAAAGAAAAGGGCAUAACUCUUGAAGAUUUCAAGCUCAUUAAGAUGCAUAUGGUCAUUCCUAUAUGCAAAUUGGCUCAAUCUGUUAAAGUGAGGCAAAGGGUUGUUGCUACUGCAGUUACAUAUAUGAGGCGUUUGUAUACCAGAAAGAGUAUGUCAGAAUAUGAUCCACGUCUUGUAGGCCCAACUUGCUUGUAUUUGGCAUCAAAAGCAGAGGAGAGCACAGUGCAAGCCAGACUUCUUGUAUACUACAUCAAAAAAAUAUAUUCUGAUGACAAGCAUAGAUAUGAGAUCAAAGACAUACUUGAGAUGGAAAUGAAGAUUUUGGAAGCUCUUGACUAUUAUUUAGUUGUAUUUCAUCCUUAUCGUUCAUUGCCUCAAUUUUUGCAGGAUGCUGGCAUGAGCGAUAUAAGUAUGACUCAAUUAACAUGGGGACUUGUGAACGACACAUACAAGAUGGAUUUGAUUCUUAUACAUCCCCCACAUCUUAUUGCCUUAGCCUGCAUAUACACUGCUAGCGUGUAUAGAGAAAAAGAUAAGACAGCAUGGUUUGAAGAGCUCCGUGUAGAUAUGAAUGUGGUGAAAAAUAUUUCAAUGGAGAUAUUAGAUUUUUAUGAGAGUCAUAGAUUGAUUACGGAUGAUAGAGUUGCUGCUGCUUUCAACAAGCUGAAACCCUAAAUGGUUUGGCGAUGCCUAUUUCCUCAACUCAAAAGUUUCCGAUUCCACGAUGUUGCAGCUCCAGCUACGGGCCCCGUGUAGUCUGUGGAAAUGAAAAUUGCUUGGCACUUGUCAAUAAAAAUUGGCUCUUUUGGAAGAGAUACUGUCAAUGUUUAAGAGAUUGUGUGGUUAUGAUAAUUAUUCUUUCUAUUCUAUUGAAACAGCUCUUUGAUGAGCAAGAUUGAAUUCAUUUCAA